CUCGCUGCUUCCGAGGUUUUUCUCGCUUUUAUUUAUCCUUUCAUCCAUGCCAAUUUCGCUUGUUCUCCAACGAAGAUACCUUUUUCCAGGUGUGUAAAAUGCAUUUUGGGCUGUGGCGACGGUGAAUUUGUCGUCGGAACAUCUGUUUUUUUUGCCCCCUUUUAUCCGGUGGUGCAUUGUGCAAUUCUGAUGUUAUGAUAUAUAAAUCAUAACUACUUAGGAUAUACUAAUCAUAGAAUUAUAUUCUCUAGAUGUUAAAAUUAAGAUAAUAGGACUAACGAUACCUGCAUUUCUCAUGAAAUUUUAGUCAUUAUUCCAUAGUGGAGAAUGAAAGGGACACUAAUUUUAUGUAAUAUUACGUUAGGAAUUCCAUUUACCAAUAUUCAUAGGACAAGGACUGAUUUAAAACUUACCAAAUAAGAUAGGAACAGAAAUUCCUUAAAUACAAUAUAUAUGCAUGUGUAUACAUGUAUAUGUAUAUCAUCAAGCGUACUUCACGCAAUGACUAUUAAAAAGAGAAAUGUUUUACUUUUUCUUCAUAAAAAGUCCGGGAGAUAAUUACUUAAAUUCUAUUUUGUAUAAUUUAGUAUGUGAUUGUAAUUGCAUUUGUGAAAGUUCAAGAGAAAAAGUAUAAAUCUAUUAAAAUUGACAAGCCAAAUUUUGAUUUUGCACUUUGCAAUUUGAUUAAAUGCACGCAUGUCUUAACUAUUAUGAUAAUGAAGCUACAGUACCGGAAAGAAGAAGAUUACAAGUUGUAAAGUUUUUACUCUAUACAAGCCAUUACAUCAUAAUUCCUUUUAAGAUCUGAUUACGUAUGGCCAAAUUUCGAAAUGGAAGUUGACAUCCUUCACUUUGUUAGCCUUUAUAAAUACUGUUUAUUGGGCAUAAAAAGAAAAAUCAUAUCUACAUAUUGCUAGUCUCUUGAAUGCAUUAAUGCACAUCAAUCACAAAAUGAACAAAUGAUAUUUGAUUACUUUAGUUGGAUAUAGUACUAAUGACUCUUGAUUCUUGCUUAUAGGGAACGGGCAAGAUUGAGGGGAUUAAUCUUAGUGAAUGCAACUCAGAAAUAGCUACGCGAGAUAUCAGAAUUUACACAGAAAAACAAUUCAAGAAUUUGACGAGUCUAAGAUUCCUUCACCUAGAUGGGGCACAUUUAAGUGGAGAUUUUAAGGACUUAAUGGAGGAGUUAAAAUGGCUUCAAUGGCGACAGUGUCCAGCGAAUUUCGAAGUAAACAAUUUUUGCGUAAAGGAAUUAGCUGUACUCGAAUUGCAAGGAAGCGAUAUAAAUGAGAAAUGGGGAGGAUGGAGUUUUUUCAAGAUGGCAAAGAAGCUUAAAUAUCUAGACCUUUCGUAUUGUGGAUCCUUGGAAAAUACUGACUUCCUCUCAGCUUUUGAGAAGUUAGAGGUUCUCAUCCUCAGUCAUUGCUGGAGACUGAAGCGAAUCGACGCUUCCAUCGAAGACAUGGAGGGCCUCCUUCGCUUGGAGCUGUGCUCGUCCUACGCGCUUCAUCUCGCGGUAGGCGCCGACGCAGGCGCCGAACGCCCCGUUCCUCGUUUCUGCCUUGGGGAGCUUCCAGCAGAAAUAGGUAAAUUAAAAUCACUGCGACAACUCGAUCUAUCCAAUACUCCAUCCCUUUCUGCAUUACCAAAUAGCAUAGGGUCUUUGGAGAAUCUAGAGAUUCUAGAUAUUUCUAGGAGUGGUAUAGAAGAAUUACCCAAUGGUAUUGGGAGUCUGAGAAAGCUCCGAGAGUUACGUGCUUCCAGUUGCAAAAUCUGAAAGGAUAAUGGUAGAAAGCAUGGCUAAUCUUUCUUCCCUACGACGCCUUGAUUUUAGAUACUGCGACAAGCUCCAAUCGCUGCCGGAGCUUCCUUCCGGCUUAACAUAUUUGGGUGUCACUUGUCAAAGUCGCAAAUUGCCUUCGCUUUCCCACCUAGCCCAUCUCAAGGAACUAGUAGUUCACGGUUGCGAUAAUCUCCAGUGCAUCCAGGAGCUUCCAUCAACGCAAUUAAAGAGUUCAAAAUGCUCCCAACCGACGGACAUUGAAGAAUCGGAAUCACCACAAUCCCUAAACACGCCCUUCAAGUUGGAAGUCUUGAAUGUCUCUUUCUGUGAAUCUAUCAAAAUGCUGGACGUUUCACAGUUUGUCCAUCUAAGGAAAUUAAAUGUCUGCAAUAUUCCGAAGCUACUUGAAGUUCGAGGUCUUGACAAAUUGAUGUAUUUGGAAAGCUUGACUAUCGAAUCCCGGAAUUCAAUCAAACGGUUGGACCUUCCAAAAUUCGAGAUGCUGAAGAAAUUAGUGGCUCGGGAUUGCAAAAACUUAGCCGAAAUUCAAGGGCUCGAUAGUUUGGAGUAUUUGGAAAGUCUAGAAAUCUCUAGGUGCACUUCGAUUGGAAGGCUAGACCUUCCAAAAUCCGGAAGUAUGAAGACAGUAAAUGUUGGUUGGUGCAAGAAAUUAGCUGAAAUUCAUGGCCUCGAUAGGUUGGAGUCCUUGGAAAUACUAGAAAUCUCUUGGUGCACUUCAAUUGAAAGGCUACUCCUUCCAAAGUCCGGGAGUCUGAAGAGAUUAGAAGCUAGAGACUGCAAAAACUUGGUUGAAAUUCAGGGCCUCGAUAGGUUGGAGUUUUUGGAAAAACUGAAUAUCAUUGGAUGCAAGUCGCUCAAAACGAUUCCGGAAUUAUCUGGAACGCAGAUUUAUCGAUAUUAUCAGAUUACAAAUGGCACAUAUUACGUAGAAUGUCCAUACCGUAUGGAUGACUCGGAUGAGGAAUAGACCGGAAGGAUCCACAUUUUCUAUUGAAGGUAUAUAAAGCAGUGUCGCCAUUGUUUUCUUACUUGAACUCAAGGAAUCCAAGGGAGAUGUUCAUGGAAGUUAAUAUGUGCUUUGACAAAAUGGUUCUGCUUGUUAUGCCAGUAGCGGAAAUAGAUGAAAAGGCUUUCAAAGCGCAUCAUUUGACAUUAGUUUUCAAGUAAGAUCCUUCAUCCUAUGCAGAAAAAUAGAGAUUCUUGACAUUUGAUUGAUUUUGGAAUGCUGGAAGUACUGAAAAACUGACGU